AUGGACGACAAAGUCGCGGUCGACUCUAGGGAUUCUUCGAGCAAAGUCGACGUCCAUGUUGUAGAGAAGAGCUCCUUCAAGCCGUCCCUGGAGUUCACCACUUCAAACGAGGUCUACCAGUCGUUGCUUCAGUACCAGGAAGAGAGUGCUGGUCGGCUGGUACUAGAUCCGGUUGCGGCACCAGCCCAAUUCGGAGACAUCACAGCCGAGCGUCUCAAGCUCUCGCCAGACAAGUCCAAGAUCCUCUGGCCUCAGCCGACAGACAGCCCCAAUGAUCCUCAAAAUUGGAGCGAUGGACGCAAAAAUCUUCAACUUUUCAUCGUCACGCUGGCGGCUACCAUGCCCGACUUCCUCUCCUCAAUAGGUAUUGCAGCUGUGUCCUUCAUUGCUAAGGAGUUCCACACGUCUCCCACCACUGUCACCCAACUCGGUUCGAGUUGGGCCAUUUUUUUGAUCGGGUGGGGCGGGAUUGUAUAUAUCAUGCUUAUUCGUCGGUAUGGCCGACUGCCUGUACUUUUCUGGUCACAACUUCUUUCUUUGGGGACUUCUGUUGGAAUGACCUUUGCGCCCAACUUAGCCGUAUCUUCUGUCAUGCGAGAUCUAAAUGCACUUGUUGGAACUUGCUCCCAGGUAUCGGGUCUCUAUGUUGUCACAGAUCUGUGGCCCGUGCAUCUUAGGGCGAGGAAGCUCAACCUCUGGACGAUGGGGAUCGUUCUGUCUCCGCAAGUUGCGCCUUUCCUCUUCGGGUUCCUAGUGGCACGUGCAAACUGGAGAUGGGCGUUUGGCAUCGGAUCCAUCUACAACCUCGUCGUCGUCGUGCUCAUCGUCUUGUUCAUGGAGGAGACGAUGUACGACCGGCACCUCCCGGAUCCCCUUCCUCUGUCAAAGAAGGGCCCUGUACGAGAGCGCAUCGAGACUCUGAUUGGCGUUACUGGGUACCGGUUGGCGCGCUUCAGAGACUCCUGGACGACCAUCAUCCUUGCGCCUCUGAACGUGGUCUGGCGACCUCAGUUACUGACGAUUCUCAUAUUCGAGGGCGUUCUGUUUGGCUUUGGUAUCGGUCUACACGUAACGAACACCCUGCUACUCGUUGGUCACCCUCCAAACGGCUACGGGUUCAACCAAGACCAGAUCUCGGCGACGUAUGCGAGCUCCAUCGGCGCCGUCGUCAUCGGCGAGAUAAUCGCGCGCUAUCUCAAUGACUGGCUCCUCGAGCUAGCCGUCCGACGCAACAAGGGCGUCUUCGCCGCCGAGAGCCGGCUCUGGACGUGCUGGGUCGCGCUGCCGUUCUACGUCGCGGGUUUCGUCCUUCUCGGCGCCGCGUUCCAGAUGCACCUCCCCGUCGCCGCGCUCGUGAUGGGCUGGGUGCUCGCGAUAGCCGCCGUCAUGGUGAACACCGCCACGGUCUACGCAUACUGCAACGACUGCUUCCCCCGCCACGGGGGCGAGAUCUCAGCGCUGCUCAACCUCGCGCGCAGCCUCGGCGGCUUCAGCGUCGCAUACUUCCAGAUCGUCUGGGUCGAAAAGCACGGCGCGCUCCAGGCGUUCGGCACCGAGGGCGGGAUCGUCGCCGCGCUCUUCGUCCUAGUCGUCCCCUUCCUCCAGCGGAAGGGCCGGUACCUCAGGGUGAGCAGUAUUCUCACUCGCCAAGGGGACGGGUAG